GGUUAAUUCAUAAAUUUGACUCCACCGAAACAAAGGCAAAGAGCACUUUAUGGACGACGGAUAUCCUGCUUUCCGCGCUGCCUAUGCAGCACGCGACGGACUUUAUCUCUAGGUCGGCGGCCCUAUAAGUUUAAUAUUGCCAUUUACAACAACAUCCACAACCACAACGGUCGUGAAAAAGCCUCUCGUCCUGUGUAAUCAGCUACCCUUUCUACUUCAUUCCAUACUAAAAACAAGCAUGGCCUUUCAGAUCACGAUUCCUGCGUUUUUCACCUUCCACAAUGUUGCCUCGUGUUGUUGUGCUCUGUGGCUCUACGUCGCGUUCCUUGUUGCCUUCGUUGCCUUUAUUGCGAACGGCGCUGACUUGAAAGAGCUUCAUCUCGAAGAAGCUGGAGCUGUAACCUGAAUAGGCUGUCUCUACGUCAUCUUCAUUCCUCGAGCAGAACCGCCUUCACACGACGCGUGGAUAUUGACGCAAACCGAAUUUCGCUACGAGAAAAAUACAGAGCGUCGUCCUUUCCUUUGUUGAACACACUUGCUUCAUGCUGAGUCUAAACCAGAGCCCCUCCGCCCGCGACCAAAGGCAGGAGCUGUUGCGGCCUCAGGCACCAUCUGGAGGCGGGCUGACUGGAGUUCCGUUCCCGCGCAAGCGAUCUGCUUCUCCGGUAUUACAACAAUCUGCAGCCUCCUCUGCGGAGAAGACCUACAUCAGAAUGCCGCCCAACCCGGUUCCGUUCGGGGUUGUACCUCCCGAACCAGGACCAGGGUCCGUUCCCGAAGACCAGCAGCAGGCUCUGCAGCAGGACCGCGAGCGACGGCGGUUGGAAGAGGCCCGGGCGGAGCCGCAGUAUCAAAAGGAAAAAUUCUCCCUCCCCAUAUCGAAACGAAGUUUCUGAUGCUGGAUUUCCGUACACGAAUCAGAUUUGUCUUGCAGUAGAGGACUGCAGGCAUAUGUCAAGCCUCGGUCGAGAGGUUUUGACGUAGGCGCCUAGCAUGACAAGCGUGUAUGCCCUAAGCCCAACAGCAUCACAAACCGCCUGCAAAAUGCAGGGGGCUCUCUGGACUUGCCUUCUUGCAAGACAGACAAGAUUUGAGGUCACAAAUGUGCAUCACAAAUUUUCAGACGGAUGCGUUUUCAAUAUGGGGAGGGGGAGUUUUUCUUUAUGAUACGCAGGUGCCCUGGUACAGUCCUGACAGCAGGAAGAUGCGGUGGUGCCGAAAGGCCUGUUAUCAAAUGCAAAAAUGUCUGGGUCUGGAAGAGUGCGCGAUUUGUCAUGCAGCUUUUCCAUGACCCAUGAGGCCUGGAAUGCAGGACCUAGCAUGACAGAUUCUGUGCGAUCUCUCUCAUGACUAUCCUGCACGAGAAAUUCCCUCCCGACUUGGUCAAAACUAACUGGACGACUUUUGGUAAUCAUGCAACACAGAUUCUUGCUUGCGUCAGAUUGAGCAUAACAAGUUGCACUCUUCCAGACCCAGACACUUUUGCAUUUGAUACCUGUCGGAAAGUGGAACGGUGUGUGUGCUGCACACGAGGACGCAGCCGCGCACUGGCGUUCCAUCAGUACGUGUGCGUCGCGAUCUUGGUUGUCGCUUUUGUGAUCGGAACUCUGUCCGUGCUGGGGUACGCGCCGGAGCACCAGACGGAGGUUUUGCGGGCAAUCCAAAGCGUUGCGCAUUUGCUCGAUCCGCAAGAGCUGGAAGACGCGCGGACAUUCGCAAAGACGCUUGCCGAAGCCGAAAUCAGGGCGGGGGACGAUCUGAACAAGGAGGUGGACAAUUUCUCGACGGUACAACUCUUUGCGUCGACACGCGCAGCUGCCAAAGUGCAGGAAUUGCGCAAGCUCUUGAAGAUGAGCAAAGGGGAAAUACGAAUAAACGCAGGCACAGAAGCUGCAGCUAGCCCGACAUCAACUUCUGUUGUGGACGCUGUCGCCUCUGCACCCGGUGCAGGAGUAUCAACAACACACGGCCGGCGGAACAACUCUUCUGGGCAGGACUCGUUUUGUCGGAAGCUACGCAGUGCCCGCCUGAGCGAGGAACUGCUGAACGCGAUUGAUGAGCACGACAUUGGCACAGAAGGAGCAUUGUUCACAGCCAUUCGGGAUUGGGAGUUUGGGGAUAGGGAUGGAAACACCAGAAGCAGCACGCAGUCCUCACAAUCAAAAUCAGGGCCGCUUGUGGUCCCCCGUCCCAGUUCGACGGACCACGAGGGCGACCGCGGAAAACAAGACGCCUAUGACACCCCGUGUCGAGAGAGUCAGUGCGCCCGUCACAGUCACUGGGGUGGCCGCAAACGCUCUCCGAAGAGAACGGUUCGGACGCAGGAGAACCAGCGCCGCAAUUCGGCGUUUGCCGCUGAUAGUUUUGUUCCCGACCAAGAAAUAGUGGCAUUGCAGCAGGGGCGGACCGGUCCUUUAGCGUCGAAGGUAGACGACGACGAAAUGUUAUCAUCUGGUGGGAAUAUAAUGUCGUCCGCUAUCGAAUUCGCGAACACCGCACCAAGCAGUACGGGUACGGCUACGGAAACUACCGAAACAGCUUCACGCGGUAAUAAUAUCAACUUCAGUAGCGUACGAGUUUCCGACCUGCGUUCGCUGAUUUUUCUGGUCAAGAGCUUCGUGAUUUCGGAGACGCUCGAUUUUUUCGAUGAGGUUUCUUCUAGGCCUAACACCGAGCCAGAAGACGUGCACCACGAGCUGAUGGUCCGUCGCUUGUGUUUGCGUGACGUGACAGCUGUGAACGCAGAUAAAGACCAAGAGUCCUCAACUUUGUCCGGUUUCUCCGCCACGACCACGAGGAAUACCUGGGAAAAAGUGAAAGGAAAGCGAACAGAUGGAGAAGUAAGCCAUCAGCUCUUCCUGGUUGAGCCGCUUUUCCGCUUUCUCCUUGGGCUUUUGCUGAUUGACGAAGUGAAACGAACUUUUUUAGAGCCCGCAGACAUCGCAGUGAUUUGGAAAACGUUUGGAUUUUUGGACCACACAGAGACGGAGGAGGCCCACUUGCUCGUCGAAGAAAAGUUGAAGAAGCUUUACGGCCAAGGGAGAUUCGGAUUCGCCAGUAGUUUGUGGGAUUUGUGGCGCUUUUCGCUCGGCAAUCGAAGUUGGCAAAGGUCGAAAGAAAGACAACUUUCCGUGACGCCGGAAAUCCCCACGGCUCUGAAUCGUGGCCUGAGUCUCUACUACACCCGCCUAAAUGCCAUGACAGUUCACGUUCGGGACCAAAUACUUCGGUAUUGAAAUACGGUAUAAUUUGCUUCUUUCAACAAGAACAACAUCACUGAGACUUCAUACACUUGUUUAGGUUCGGCUGCUUCGAAACACAAUUGUAGCUCUUUGUCCAUCUUUUGCACUGAUUUUGAUUUUCCACUUAGAUUUAGAGCGAUUCUUAUAAUGUAGUUUAGUUGUUUUAUCCGUGAUGGUCAUUCUCACUUUUUGUUUUUCCAAAAGUUGUGGACGCCCACAACAGUUUCGUGACGUGCAUCCAGGUUAGAGUUCCUCGCCCGCGGCCCGUCGGAGAAGCAUUUUCUCAUCGAGCGUAUGCAGAAUGUGACGGAGCACGGGCUGAACGGCGUGCGCCACAUCUGCGAUUUUCCCGGCAGCUUGGUCCUUCCUUACCACAACCGAGACGGCGGCGCGCUGCGGAAGGCGGAGUCGUCGAUUCUAUCCGCACCAGGAGACCCGCACUCGAUGAAAUACACGACAGACCUGAACACACGACUGCAUUGCGGAAUGGACGACAACAUCGGCAAUAUUGAAUUAUCUGCGGCACACGAGGAGAACAAGGACGUCGAAGUGACUACCUGGUCGCACACAUUUCCUCUAGUCGAGCCGCCAGCGGCCGUGCGGCGCCUCCUGGGGAAGCGGGGAGAGGCGCCGACGCACACCAUUGAGGCUGCCGACGGGCACCACAGACACCGGCGCUUUCUGUGGGUUGCAAGAAAUUCCUAUCUACAGUGGAUUCUGUCGGUUGCACAACUUUCGCUUGACCUGUUUCUUCCCGUUGGUGUCCCAAUCCCUGCCACAUCAACACCGUCGAACGGAGGUCUUCAUCUUCCUGCUUCAGGAGCUGCGCUCCUGGUCGAAAAAGUUCUGACCGCGAUCACGAAUGUGUUCGAGAAACGGCGAUCUCUGUUUAGCCAGUUGGACGCGUUGCUCGUGUACCUCGCCCUCGGUGUGAGGGCGCUGCACUUGUUCGGCAAGAAGUUUCACUUCGUCCACUUACUCGGAAAGGAGGCGCUGAAACGCGCGAUCGCACGCGAAACGAGUCUAAACCGCUUCGUUUUCAAGUCCUACGCGUCGUGCCUACAGAACCGCAUCCGCAGUGUGGAAACCGCACAGAAAUUGCUUGCAACAGAGGCAAAUUGCUCUACUCCUGACGGGCAUCUCGCGUCGGCACUGCAAGGGUCUUCGAAAGUAAGUCCCGAGAGGACACGACACAAGGGCACGACUACAUCCAAAUUGGAAAUCGACCUGUGGGCGGACGACGCCUACUCCAUUAUCCUGUGCAAAAACAUCCCCACCCCAGAGUUGUCAUGCAGAUCUGCAAGCACAAGAGCAUUUGUAAUGCGCAUCCCCAUGAGAAGCAUUUCCUAUCGUGUUUUGGAAGUUGUAAUGCUGUAAACAGGAUAAGGAGAUGGAUUUUUUCUGCGGCGUCCCUUGCUAAACUGCAUUACACUACAGCCUGCCACUUGAUGUCAUGCGUGGCUCCCAAAACUUUCAGGUUUGUGUUGCAAAAUCCCCAUCUUGACUCUGGGGUGGGGACGUUUUUGCAAAUGAUAUCCAUUCCGCUGCCGGACUGUCGAUACAGUCUGGACGCGCUCGACUCUGUGUUGGUCAAUGUCUACCGGACUAUCUAUUUGCAACAAGAGAAGGACGAGGAAAAAAGGACGGGUCGGAUGAGUAACAUCAAGUCAGGCCAAGGCGCUGGACCAAAUCACUCCCCUGCUCAGCCGCAACCACACUUCUAUCCUUCCAUUUUCAAUUGCGAGAAAAUAAAUGCCUUGUCCCGCUCCACUUCAGCUUCUCCCUCACCCUACGCGAAAUUUUUCGUCGAUAUUGGCAUCGGCCGCCUGGCCGGCGACUACCAGACGCGCUAUUUGCAGGCGUUUGAAAACUGGGACGGGCGGAUGAUUGACAUGAUAGGAUCCCUGAGCCGCAUUGACUACAGCGCAGCCAAGGUGACGCCGGAGAACAUUUUGGACCUUUUGAAGUCAAAAUCCGUCCCGACAAAGUUUGAGCUGUUCUCCUUACACAUCGACGGCUACGACUGGCACGUGCUUCGAAGGUUACUCCUGGCGAAAUGGUUUCAACCCCGGGUACUGCUGAUCCAAACCAGUAACGGCUACUUCUAUCCUGACCGCUACCGAGUUCCGAUAUUGUGAGGAAAAAUCCCCCCUCCCCAUAAGUACCAACACGGGACAGUUGUGAAAAUUUAAAUUUGUGAUGCUGGUUUGUGACCACAAAUCGUCUUUGCAUUGCAAGAAUGCAAAUCGAAAAACCCCGCUGCGUUCUGCAGGCAAUUUGUAAUGCUGGAUGGCCUACAGAGGAAGUGCCCGCCUUGCGAGGCGCCUACACCAAAACGCCCCUACUCAGGCUCUGUAUCUGCCUGCAGUCCUCUACUGCAAGACAAAGCCGAUUUGUGUAGACAAAUCCCGCAUCACAGAUUUGCAUUUCGACAGGGGGAGGGGGGAUUUUUCCUUUUGAUACCCGAUCGGUCUCAGCCUGAUCCCCAAGUACGAGAGGCCGACGAGAUAUCCAGGAAAAAACACCCAUCCACAUCCAAUUUGUCAUGCAAAACAUGCAUCAGUUGCCGUGUUUGUCAUGCAAAAUAUGGAUGGGGAUGGGUGUUUUUUCCUGGAUACGAGAACCGCGGUGACAAAUGCCCAACAAAAACACUCGGAAGUGUACGAAAGGGAACAUGGCCACCACAAGGCCUACUCCGCGUCCGCACGGGGGCUGCAACUGCUGGGAAAUGCUUUUGGGUACAAACUCGUGUACUUUGGCUGGCUUUCCGUUGUCAUUGUGCAGGAGGAAUACGCGAAAGACUUCGAGCACGUGGACGACCUUUUUCGGUUGUGCGAGGAGUACGUGUAUCAAAUGCAAAAAUGUCUGGGUCUGGUGGAUUGCGAGACUUGUCAUGCUUGUCUGGGAUGACCAAAAAGUUUGUGAUGCGUGUCCAAGAAGAGGCCCUUUUGUCUGUCAUGCAAUAACGCAGGCUGUCAUGCGAAAAACGCAACACAACGAAGCGCAGACAUUUCUCAUGCUUGGCUGGGCAUUACAAAGCAUUCACUAGUCCCAAGGCAGCAUUACAAGUUUCCUCCAGACCCAGACACAUUUGCAUUUGAAAACAUGCUCAGUCCCCGGGGGCGCGAGCGCGCCUGGCCGUCGUCGCAGCAUUUGUGUCACGAGACAGAACUAAUGGGGCUAUCGGAUGAGGAGCUAGAAGACUUGUACUACGUGGGAGACCUUGCCCUGAGUGCUGAACAAAUAAGGGAUUCGAAAUUUUCGUUGUGAGGUACUAGGACUUGAACUCUAAGUAGAGUAAGUAGAGCCUCAAGAACAUGGCAAGAACAUGAACAAGCACAUUCAGCAGCUCCUCUCGUCGCUAGCAAUGUUUGUGGUGUUAGGGAUCUUGUAGUAGAAACAGGGCCGAACGUAAACAGCGACUAUCUACGUCGAUCUCCAUGAUCAGGA